ACGUGAACUACUAAGGAAAGCGCCUGCGCGUUUUAUGUUGGCUCGAAAUAUUUAUUCUCGCCACCUGGAUUUAACAUGCGUGACGUUAGGUUUUGACAGCCGUAUAAAUAAGGCUCUAAUAGCAAACUUACCCAAAGACAGGAGCGGUGUUUGCGCUUGGCUACGUGUGUGCGUCUCCUCCUGCUGAAGAGCUGGGUGGGUGAUGAGGGUGCAGAGGUGGGCCGAGCUCAGUCUGAAAGCUCCGUUCCUGGUGUCUCUGUGUGGAAAGCGGCGGCCCUCCUCUUCACAUCCACAGCCCUGGAGACACGUGUUUGGGUUCCGCAGUCGCAGCUCCAGCGCGGUGAUGGCAGAAGAGGCGAAGAAACUGGCGGCGUACGCUGCUGUGGACAACCACAUACAGAAUAACCAGGUGGUCGGAGUGGGAAGUGGCUCCACUAUAGUCUACGCUGUGGACAGGCUGGCUGAGAGAGUCAGGCAGGAGAAGCUGAACAUUGUAUGUGUUCCCACGUCCUUCCAGGCUCGUCAGCUGAUCCUCCAACACGGCCUCUCUCUGUCAGAUCUAGACAGACACCCAGAGCUGGAUGUAGCGAUUGAUGGAGCUGACGAGGUGGAUGCUUCGCUCACUCUUAUUAAGGGAGGCGGAGGAUGCUUGACUCAGGAGAAAAUUGUAGCUGGCUGUGCCAAACACUUCAUUGUCAUUGCUGACUACAGGAAGGACUCGAGGGCGCUGGGGCAGCAGUGGAAGAAAGGUGUGCCAGUUGAAGUGAUCCCCAUGGCCUAUGUGCCUGUGUCCAGGGCCAUCGCCCGCCGCUUCGGAGGAGAAGCUGUGCUGAGAAUGGCCGUCAGUAAAGCGGGCCCUGUGGUGACUGAUAACAGCAACUUUAUCCUGGACUGGAAAUUUGAGCAUGCUCAGAACUGGAAAGAGGUCAACACUGCCAUCAAAAUGAUCCCAGGUGUGGUAGAGACCGGGCUGUUUGUAGGAAUGGCUGAGCGGGUUUACUUUGGGAUGGAAGAUGGAAGUGUGAAGAUCAGAGACCCUCCUGUUAACUGAAAGAGAAAGCUUUUCUCUCCUGCUGCAAAGACCAGCCUGACACCACAAGUGCCAGUGGAGUACAUACUCGUGCAGCUCGUACAGUGCCGUCUACAGGGAAUAACAACAGCUCCUGCUGGGAGAGAGACACGCAACCACAACAUUUCCUGUUCUCUCAUGAAGGCUUGUGUGUAUGAAAAGCAGACUUAUACACACUCGCCAUCAUCAGGGGGUCAAAUGUUAUUUUUUUCUUUAUUUUGUUUUCCUCUGUGUUGUUCACCAUCCUGUUACUUUUCCUUUGUCCUCUAGACCAACUAGAGCUGCAUUGUCGGACAGGGAUUAAGCAUAGUCUUGGACUAAAUUAGUCAUCAGUGAUUGAAAAUACUUUUUGUGUAGGACUAGGCUUGGUUUGUGCCCUUAGUGUCUGUCUGCCUUUUGUGAUUUUCAACACAUUAUGAUUGCUGUCAUUUAUGCAUUUCUCCAAACAUGUUCAUUUGAAAACCAUUGCUUGAUGUAUUUUGACCUGUGCCUCAUACAUCUUCCUGUUGAUUUGCUGUUGCCUUCUAUUUUAAAACUCACUCAUCUUUUUUGUUAAAUUGAACCAAAGCAUGAAAGAGAUGUGAGAUUUGCUAAAUAUAGAACUAACACUGCGGGUAAAUACUACUUAAAGGUGCACGGAUACUUUUUUUGUGCCACUUGGAUAUAAACUUUGAUUUACGGUAUUUUCUAGUAUCUAGAAUUGAUAGAUUGCAUUUAAUUGUCAAUUUGUUCCAGAUUUUUACCUCAGUUUUCAGUUGGCUGUUCCACCCAUUAUGAUCUGUGUAAACAAUGUUAAUUUUUAUAUCAAAAUAAUCAAAUGGUACAUACAGUUUUAGUUCUGGGGCCACCAUUAAUGUAGUUUCUGUUCAUGUCAGACUGAUCAUUUCUGCUCAAAUUUGGGGGGAAAAUGUUGACAUCAAGUGAUUUGGUUCACCUAGUUACUAAUACCAACACUGCUAAUGAAACAGCAGGUUUGUACUUCUAAUGCAGUUUCUUAAAGAGUGAUGCAGUACUUUGGAGGUUAGAGCUUUGAUCAGUGCCCAAGAGUUGCUGAAGACAUGCUUGGCAGCUCUGUAUACAGUUCCUGGGUGAGUAGCUGUCAUUAGGUAACAGUGGUGAAACCUCAGUCAGCCAGAAUCAUCAGUCAGCUGAAUUUUGACUGAAUUUGUAUGAUUUAUAUAAUGUGCCUAUUAACAGACAGUGGUCAGGGAUUUUAAAUAGCACUGUAGUUUCUGGUAACCUGGCUCAACUCAGAUCUUCAGGCCUUACCUUAGGCCCACUCAGCUUUCUUAUGUUAAUACAGAUGUUUGUCUGACUUUCCUUUUAAGUCACUGUGACUUUUAAGUAACGUAAUAUUAAACACACCAGCUUUAUGUUGAAGUUUCUGUACCAGUACUACUGUGACUUUUAGGGUUUUGAUUAAGUGAAUGGCAUCCUAAAAUGUUGUAAAGACCAAUCUCAUUAAAAAAAAGAACAACC